GCCUUUUCCGGUCCCUCCUGCCUCGCCAUUGGCUGGAGCUGCAACAUCCCAUGCAUCGUGACUCGUGGUUAUACCCGUCGUAUAGCCGCGACUCACUCAUCGCAGAUGUUCUGCUGCUUCGUUCUGAUGAAUCACACCAGCGCGGGAGCUGUGCGAGCUACUCAACAUACCAUACGCAGCAGCAAUGGCGGCAGCGUCAGAGCUAUCGUCGGAGGACGAUAUCCACCACCUUGACCCAAAGGAUGAGAUGGCAGAUACCACUAGACAGGACGAGAUAAAUCUGAAAGAGAUGGAGAACGGCCUGGACACAACACCCUCACCACCAACAUGCGCGUCACAAAACACCCAACACGAGACGAGCUCGAUCCCCCCUCAACCCUCAAAGCUCGAGAAGACCACCCGGUGGCUGCUCUGGUUCCUCAAGGACCAAUGGUUCCUGCUCGCGAUGGCCACAAUUAUCCUCGUCUCGUCCCAGAUGCAAGUCCCAGCCUCCCAACAGAAGAUCAAGAGGACAGUCAUAACCUACCUCUCCGUAUCCGUCAUUUUCUUCAUAAACGGUUGCACUCUGCCCACCCGCGUUCUGAUUGAGAACUACAUGCGCUGGAAACUGCAUUUCUUCGUGCAACUCCAAUGCUACCUCGUAUGCAGCGCGGCGACAUUUGGCAUCGUGUCGCUGUGCGCCACGAAUCCGAAAUUCAUGGACCCAUGGCUGCUGAUUGGGUUCUUGUUCGUCGGCAGCGCGCCGACGACGAUGAGCUCCAACGUCGUCAUGACGAGACAGGCGCACGGCAACACGGCACUCACGGUCGUGCAGAGCGUCAUCGGCCAGUUCCUAUGUCCGUUUCUCACCCCCGUCAUCGUGCAGAUGUACCUCGGCUCUGGCGCGUGGUACUCGCAGGUCCUCGAGAAGGGGAGCGGGUAUGGCGAUAUCUAUCGGCGCGUCUUCAUGCAAUUGGGAUUGAGCCUGUUUCUGCCCAUGGCGGUCGGGCAGGUGGUGCAGUAUUUGGCCCCGAAAGUGUGCAAAAAGGUGUUCAUUGAGUGGCGGCUGAUGAAGCUUUCUUCCGUGGCGCUGCUCACGCUCGUGUGGCAGACGUUCGAUCAGGCGUUUCAGAGCCGCGCAUUUGAGAGCGUGAAGAGGAGCAAUAUCGUUUUCAUUGUAUUCAUCAGCGCGGCGCUGUAUUUUCUGUGGACGGCGCUAUGUUUCACGACGAGCACCAUUUGGCUGCCGAAAAAGGACGUCAUUGCGUGUUGUUAUUGUUGUCCGGCGAAGGCGCUGGCUAUGGUGGUCCCGCUGACGAGCGUCAUGUAUAUCAACAUCAGUCCGAUGGAGCAGUCGAAGAUGCAGAUUCCGGCCAUCAUUUUCCAGGCGUUCCAAGUUGGGAUUGGAGGGCUGAUGACGAUUGCGUUUCGAAGAUGGAUCAGGUCUGAGGAAGAGAUGGAGGAGGCGAACAAGGCGGAGAAAGCAGAUAAUGCGCAGACCGAGCAGGCGAGAUAGAGAUAUGUAAGCUCACAUGUAUUAUAUCCUAGACCAGGCAUAUACUCCUCUCCAACAGGCAUUCACCCUAC